AUGGCUUGGUGUGCGGGAGGUAAAAAGCAAUCAGAUGUGAGUACGAGAAAUGAACCUCGAUCUAUUCCAGAUGUUUUUGCACAAACGACAACCGAUGGUUUUGUCAUUGGACAGUUUGCUCAGUUCUCACAAAAUGGAUACCAAAAUGAAGAACAAUCUCAGUCCAGUCCGGGUCUCUUUGAAUUCUCUGCAACAAUAAAUGCAAUCGAUCUCUACACGUCUGAGACACCAAUGUUUACUGUUGCUCCUGGACAAGCUCCAUUUCCCAAACCUGAAGGGAUUGUUGAGCGAAAAAGGCGAUUCACCAGAUCAAUAAAUGAUGCUUUGGUGAUGCGACUUUUUGUUCCGGAUUCUGUGAAUAUCUCUGAUCCCGAAUUUCGAUCCUCUAUACAAAAUGAUCUCGUGAACGCAGUAAGAGAAAGUGUUUCAGGCAGUGAAAAGAAGAAGAGAAGCGCUGAUGAGCAAGAACUCGAUGUUGAUUUGCGAGAUAUGGGAAGAGAAGGAGAAGCUCUUUCUGUUCAUUUCAUUGUCUUUGAAGAACCAUCCGGUCUCAACACAAAUCAUUCGGCAAUUGCAGAAGCGAUGAAUUCAUUGGGAGUGGCUAGACUCUCUCAGGAUAUGCAUUAUCCGGUAGUUGAAGUCCUCCACGUAAGCCUUGACAGUUCUCUAGUGUGGGUUUCACUUUCAUCGGCUCUAUCUGUUUUCCUCAUCUUUAUCAUUGUUCUCGUUGGCUGGAAGUUUGCACUUUAUGACAAGAUUAAACGACGAUUCAUCAGACAAAAUCAAGUCAACGAGAACGAACUUUUUCAAAAGACCGCACUGUCU